UUAUCUUGCUCGCUGGUCCCUCGUUUCGUUCUAUGCUUACUGACCAACAAAGCAAAUAAAAAAACAAACAAUGGCCUCUGCAACUGCAACUACCCUUCUACUACCCCAAACAAGCUCCUCUCGCCUUCCCCUUCGCUACCCUCACGCGCCUCCAUUCAAGCAGAGGCGACGGAAUGCCAAUAUCCAAUUAUAUCAUUUCCCGCCUCUUCAGUCCAGAGCCAAAAAAAUUAACACAAUUUCUUGCGCGUAUGUGUCAGGACCUCCGAUUGUGAGCGAGCCUGAACCGAAAGUGGAAGCGACGCGCGGGAAAGCGGAGGAGGAAUCGGAAAAAUUGAUAAGCUGGGGGCUUUUAUGGAGUCUUUUGCUGAAGCAUAAGCUAAGACUUGGUGUGUGUGGGGUGUCUCUUGCUGCUUGCACUGUGUGCACUCUGUCUCAGCCUAUUUUCUCAGGCCGAUUUUUUGAAGUGCUGAUAGGAGCAAGGCCAGAUCCGUUGUGGAGGUUACUUAGUAAAGUUGCAGUUGUUUACUCAUUGGAACCCAUUUUUACUGUUAUUUUCAUUGUAAAUAUGAACACUAUUUGGGAAAAAGUAAUGUCAACUUUACGAGCUCAUACUUUCAGAAGAGUUUUGAUACAAAAGGUGGAAUUUUUUGAUCGGUACAAGGUUGGGGAACUGAGUGGUUUGUUAACAACUGAAUUGGGUUCUCUGAAAGAUAUUGUGGGGGAAAAUGUCUCAAGGGAUCGCGGAUUUAGGGCACUUUCUGAGGUCAUUGGGACUAUCUGCAUUCUAUUUGCGCUGGCCCCCCAACUGGCACCCAUUCUUGGCAUAUUGAUGCUUACUAUUUCUGCUUUAGUCGCCAUAUACAAGCGGUCAACUAUACCUGUUUUCAAAGCUCAUGGAAUGGCCCAAGCAUCCAUGUCUGAUUGUGUGACAGAAACGUUUUCUGCUAUUCGCACUGUAAGAUCCUUUGGCGGUGAAAAGCGCCAAAUGUCAAUGUUUGGAAGCCAGGUUCUUGCUUAUGAGAAUAGCGGCAUAAGGCUUGGAGCCUUCAAAUCAGUGAAUGAAUCAGUGACAAGAGUUGCUGUUUAUAUUUCACUAAUGGCUUUAUAUUGUCUUGGAGGAAGCAAAGUGAAGGCGGGGGAACUCUCUGUUGGAAUUCUUGCUUCUUUUAUUGGAUAUACUUUCACUUUAACAUUUGGUGUUCAAGGACUGGUUAAUACAUUUGGGGAUCUUCGUGGAGCAUUUGCAGCUGUUGAGCGAAUUAAUUCUGUUGUAUCUGGAGUGGAAAUUGAUGAGGCCCUUGCCUAUGGAUUGGAAAGACAAAUUCAAGAAAAAGAAAAGCAAGAUGAGAUAAUUAAAUUAUUUCUCAUUACUGGUUUCAGUGAGAAUAAUAAUAAUACGAAGACGCAUUACAUGUCAGCACUGAAAUCAGCUAGUAACCUGAGUACUUAUGCUUGGUCCGGGGAUGUUAAUCUUGAGGACGUGCAUUUUUCAUAUCCUUUGAGACCUGACGUGAAAAUUCUGAAUGGUCUUAAUUUGACAUUGAAGUGUGGAACCGUGACUGCACUUGUUGGUUCAAGUGGUGCAGGCAAGAGUACAAUAGUUCAGUUACUGUCACGGUUUUAUGAGCCAACUAGAGGUCGAAUAACAGUUGCUGGGGAGGAUGUCCGGACAUUUGAAAAAACUGAAUGGGCCCGAUCAGUAUCCAUUGUCAAUCAAGAACCAGUUCUUUUCUCGGUAUCUGUUGCAGAAAACAUUGCAUAUGGUCUCCCAGAUGAUAAUGUAUCCAAGGAUGACAUCAUAAAGGCUGCAAAAGCUGCAAAUGCUCAUGAAUUUAUAAUCUCACUUCCACAAGGUUAUGACACUCUGGUUGGUGAGCGUGGGGGCUUACUAAGCGGUGGGCAAAGGCAGAGAAUUGCAAUUGCAAGAGCCCUACUCAAGAAUUCCCCACUUUUAAUUCUCGAUGAGGCAACUAGUGCAUUGGAUGCAGUCAGUGAACGCCUGGUUCAGGAUGCCCUUGACCAUCUGAUGAAGGGCAGGACAACAUUGGUGAUUGCUCAUAGAUUAAGCACAGUUCAGAAUGCUCAUCAGAUUGCAGUUUGUUCUGAUGGGAAGAUUGCUGAACUCGGAACCCAUUUUGAGCUGUUGGCUAAGAAGGGUCAAUAUGCAUCAUUAGUUGGCACUCAAAGAUUGGCAUUUGAGUGACAGAAUUGCUAAAUCAUUGCCAGUAUUGGAAGACAAAAACAUCAUUUUGCCUGAACGUUCCAUUUCAUAAGUGAGAAAUGAGUAGAGUUGCUGAACGACGUAUAGUGAAACCAAAGCGAGCAAAAAAGUUAUUGUUGAUUUUAAGUGACAAAAUUGUCUUCUAAGUUACAGGCAUUAUUUAACACAAGGGGCGCAUGCAAUGCUGCCUAUUUUCUGUUGAAGAAAGAAUUUUAGAUAUAAGCGAUUGCUAUAAUUCAAAGCUGCAAACAGAUAUUGUAAAGGAAUAAUUUCAAUGGUUAACAGCUCAUUGUCAACUGUUACCUUGAUUCCCACUCA